UCUAUUCCACGAGCAUGACCUUGAUCGCUUUCUCACUUGACAAAGCCAGAAAGAAAAUCUGUCCAUCGCCGUUUUCCCCUGCAUUUCCGAUGGCUCUUCUUCCCCUCACCUCCCGCAUUCCGUCUGCAUUCUCUGAAAACCCUAAACCUUUCUCAUUAUCUUCUAUCUUCUCUACCUCCACUGCUCACCCCUCAAUCGCCUUCUUCUCUGUCUCUUAUAAUUCUUCUAGGCUCCUUCAUUUCCCUUCUCUUCGCUCCAGAUCCUCUGGUUCCGGUGGCGCUUCCGGUCCGGCCUCCGGCGGAAAGGAUGGUUCUGAAAACCCCUCAGGAACUCCCUCGAAGAUUACUGACGAGUGGGGCGAGGAGUAUGAGCCUGAAACAGCGCCUACGAAGCUUCCGGAUUCGGAUCCUCCUAAAUACGAGGACGAGUGGGAGGAAGGUGGAGGUGAUGUUGAAGAUAUGGGGCAAGAAAAUGGAACUCCGGCUGCAACGAUUAAGGACCAGACUGUGGGUGUGGAUGAUCGACUUGUGGGGCUGAAGCAAGCUCUGGUAGACACCGUUUAUGGAACUGAUUUUGGAUUUCGAGCUGGGCCGGAAGUGAGGGCCGAGGUAUCCGAGCUGGUGAAUCAGUUGGAAGCGGCCAACCCUACUCCGGCGCCGGUGGAGGAACCCAGGCUUCUCAAUGGAACUUGGGUAUUGUUGUACACUGCAUCUUCUGAACUGUUGCCUCUUCUUGCCGCAGGGACAACACCACUGUUGAAAGUCGACAAGAUAUCACAAACAAUUGAUACUGGUAGCUCCACUAUUGUAAACUCAACGACAUUAUCUAGCCCUUUCAACUAUUUGUCUUUCAGUGCAUCUGCCUCAUUUGAAGUGCGAAGUCCCACAAGAAUACAGGUCACAUUUAAAGAAGGUACCAUUCAGCCCCCAGAAAUAAAGUCAAGACUUGAUCUACCAGAAAAUAUUGACAUUUUUGGCCAGAAGCUGAGCCUAUCGCCUGUGCAACAAACUCUCAGUCCUCUGCAGGAUUUGGUGGUAAGCAUCUCACGUGCUAUUUCUGGUCAGCCACCCCUCAAGAUCCCCAUUCCCGGUGAGAGGACAAGUUCCUGGCUUAUCACUACUUAUCUUGACGACGAUCUAAGAAUCUCAAGGGGGGAUGGUGGUCUUUUCAUCCUUGCCAGAGAUGGGAGUCCUCUUCUAAAUCAGUAGGAAAGUAGUCAUACACAUAUCGCUGGUCUUCUUUCCUCCCUUAGGUACAUACAAAUAAUCUGUUGUUUUACCCUGAAUUUCUGGCAUUUUUAAUGGAAAUAUAUCUUGGUGUCACGUGGUAAUUCAAUGUUGAUGGACUUUCACCCGAAAGUUCCUCAGAAAUAUUGAUGUGGAGGAAGUAAUAUGAAACGAUUUAGUUCAA